CUAAAAGGUCUGAAAUGCUUACACCUAGUACUGACUUAACUCUAGAUGAUUCUGAUGAUGAAUUACUGGAUGCAUAUAUGUCAGAUUUAGAAAAGAAUGCUAAUGCAGGGGGAGGAGGAAGUAGCAAUAGUAAGGCAGAUAAUGAUGAGGAAGAAUAUAGUGGUGAUGAAGGAGCUAGUACUGAUGAGGGAGAUAGUGGUGUUGUAGGUGAUGACAGUGAUGUUGGACAAGGUAAUGAUGUUGAGGUAGCCAAUGAUGAUGAUCAUGAUGAAGAAUUGGUGUAUGAGUCUGAGGACUGUGACAUGCUAUUGUAUGAAUAUGACAGUGAUGAUGAAGUUAGGGUGCGUGGGUAUGGAAAUCCAAAGUAUGAUCCUAAGGUGAAAGAAAAAGAAUAUGUGUUUCAGCUUGGAAUGGAAUUCAAAACUUUAAAGGACUUCAAGGAGGCUGUUAGAGGUUAUGCUGUAGAUGGGGGUUAUCAAAUACAAAUGGUUAGGAAUGACAAAUUGAGGUGUCAGGCUAGGUGUGAUAAUGGAUGUCCAUGGAUGAUUUGGUACUCUCAGAUCAGGGGGGAAACCACAUACCAAAUAAAGACCUAUAUUAAGAAGCAUAGGUGUAACAGAAUGAUGCCAAACAAACAAGCCAAUAGCUCAUGGCUUGCCACUAGAUUGGUGGAUAAGAUUAGAAGUGAGCCAAAAAUUAGUGCUACACAGAUAUGCACUUAUGCUAAAGAACACAUGUCACUUGCUAUAUCAAGGACUCAUGCUUACAGGGCCAAGAAAAAGGCAUUAGAUAUAAUCCAAGGUAAGCACAAUGAGCAGGUUGAGAAGAAGGUAUGGCAAGACAAAGUGUAGUAAAUGUGGACAAGAAGGACACAAUAAGAGACGUUGUGAGAAUCAAUCAAAUGUUCAGGUUGGAAAUGUUACUUCUGGGAGUAGCAGUGUUACACAUGAGGCAAGGGAGUUGACUGGUACAGGUGUUGCAGGCAGAGGUGUUGCAGAUAAAACUGUUGGAAGGGGUAGAGGUGCUGCUAGUAGAAUUGCUGGAAGGGGCAGAGGUGCUGCAGGUAGAAUUGUGGGAAGGGGCAGUGGUGUAGCUGGUAGCCCUGGAAAAAGGACCAAGGAUAAUGCUAGAAGGCUGCCAAAUACAUAUUCAACACUUCAAGGUUCAACCUCAAGCUCCAGGUACUCUGCAAUGAUAAAUGCAACUCCGGAGUCCAUCACAAAUGUCAAAAAGAAUGGAUGAAAUAGGUGUACGAAUCAAUACUCGGAGGUUGUUCCACUUUUUGUAUUAUUAUGAAUGUGUUUUUGGACUAUUUGCUGCAUGUGAUAGUUAUGUUUUGAGACAAUAUAAUGAUAUGGACUCUUUAUUUAUUUUAUAAA